UGUCGUACAAACGUCCCAUGACAAGGUACCGCGGGCAUUCGUUGAUGGGGCAAAGUGACAGAAAAAAUAAAAUAAUAUUUUUUGCGCUUUGUGUACAAAAAAAUCGUAAAUUCUGUGCGAUUUGUUGCGAAAAUUGGCUGGUUUUGCGUAAAAGUGGCGUCGAUUGUUGCGGAAAUAGUGCAAAAAUGGAGAUAAAGAAUCUCGAUCUGGAUAAAAUCUGUCGUGUUUGUCUCACCGUGAAGAAGGAUAUGCGGCCCCUUUUUGGCGAAAUGGUGGCCGAUAUGCUGAUGGAUUUCGCCCGUGUGCAGAUUGACAACACGGACGGGUGGCCAGACAAGAUUUGCGUUCAGUGCGUGCACCAGGUGAGUCGCUGCCAUGCAUUUAAGAAUCGCGUGGAAAAGUCGGAUCAGCAGCUGAGGCAAUACAUCAAGGGCAUCACGGUGAUUGUGGAGGAAACACUCCCCAAGGAGAUGACCAUCACACAGAUUGAGCUUCAGCGGGCUGAUAUACAGCGUGGGGAAGUGCAGUCACAUGCGCUUCAGUCGCCACAGCGGCAGGAGUAUCAGAUUGUCAAAUCGUCGGAUCUGCACUCGGUGGGAUCCAAUGAGGGGCAGCCACAGCAGAUGAUAAUCACAAAUGGGCAGAUUCACAAUGCCCAAUUGCUGAAUGCAGCCGGACAGAUUGUAACGUCACACGGGCAACCGAUGACUGUGCAGACGGGAGCACAGAUCGUCCAAGCUGGGCAAAUUAUUCACCAAGGCCCCAUUGUGCAGGCUGGAAAUACCCUGCAGAUGAUCAAUCAGAAUGGCCAGACACAGGUGGUGCAAAUUCAGCGUACAAGCGACGAUCGCUGCGAGAUUAUUGUGCAACCGGAGAUGACAGGAGGUGGAGAGACACAUUACUACGAGGAUGGCAUGAUCACAAUCAGUACCCAGGCUAUUGAAGCAGACGAUGAAUCCCAGAUCAUUGAGGAAGUUGAGGAGGAAGAGGAGGAACAGCAGGAAACCUACACACUGGCCGUAUCGGAUACGGAAGAGCAGGAAGAUAAGGAAUAUCUUGCCGAAUUCAUAAGUUUACAGACAUCAUGCCCCAGUCCUGGCCGAUACAUCUGCAAUUUGUGCCGGAAAGAGUUUAAGCACAGCAAAUGGCUUCAUACUCACAUGAAGCAGCACUCAAAUUGGAUAAAGGCCAACUGCAAGAAACAGCCACAGUGUCAGGUGUGCGGGAGGAGUUUCAAAGGACCCGGAAUGCUAAAGAUGCACAUGAAAACUCACGAAGUGAAACCAGCCGAUAAAAUACCAACAUGCUCCAUCUGCAAUAAAGAGUUCAAGUCCAAGACAAUCCUCUACAGGCACAGGCAAACACAUUUUGAGAAAACCUUCCAAUGUGAAUUGUGUACGAAGAGUUUCGUCUCGAAUUACCACUUAAAAACCCACAUGACCAAACACAAUAAAUCCGCAGCGGAAAAUAAAUUGAAAUGUUUUCCGUGUGAUAAAACCUUUGGCAGUUCGAGUGAAUUGAAGUCUCAUGUCCAGCAGCAUCUCUCCAACAAUGCAAAAAUGGAUCAAGCAUAAAGAAAUGUCAUAAACAUGGAUAAGGUUUAAAGAAAAAAAGCUCUUGAUUGUUGUACAUCGAGAGAAAUUGAGAGAGAAUCUUUAGGAAGAAAAAAAAAAAAGGUGAAAAGUGUUGAUAUCAAAAGAUAAAAGUGUAAGAGAAACAAUUAGAUAUAAGAUUGUUUAAGCAUUGAAUCAAUGGUUAAGAAAAGAAUAAGAGUUACACGAUCGAGCACCUGAUUUGUCAAAUUAUAUUGUCAAGUUUUUACAUUUUAUUACUAAAUAUUCUUAUGUAGGUAAAGUGUAGGAUGAGACAAAAAAAAGAAGAAAAUCUGCAAAACACUAAGUAAAAAUGAGUAAAAUGAUUAGUGAAAAAAAACUGGAGGUAUGGAUUAUUUUAAUUAAUCUCAUGAAGAGUGCGAUUUUGAAAACAAAUUAUGAUUUUGAACAACAGGUCUGAGAAUAAUGUGGGCCAUAAUGCUAAAUGUGAAGUUUUUUUUUAUUUGCUGCACAUUUCAAUAAUAAUUUUCUUUAAUAACUUUGAAUUUUUUUGGUUUAAUUUUUAUUUAUAGUUUCAAAAACUUUUCUUUUUCGUAAAAUAAUAUUUUUAAAAGAGCACAAUCGUUAACAAUAAGUAUAUUUCUCUUUUUAUCAUUGAAUGAAAUAAAAGAUAAAAAACAUUGAAGAAAAUGUUAAUGUGGUCAGAAAAAAAUUCAGCUCAUGAAAAAUAAAUUAUAAUUACUUUCUCGAAUGAGCAAAAAUAAUAUUUUGUCACAAGUUUAUGUAUUAUUUACAAGUAUUACAAUCCCUCGUUGAAUUAAAAUCAAUCUGUAACCAAAAAAAUGAAAAGAAAUCUUUAGUUUUUACAUCGACCAUUGUGCCAUCCAAAGAGAAGAGUUUUUUUUCAUGAAUAUAAUAGACCCAUUUCGUUUUCUUACAGUUUUUGUACUAAAAUCAAAGUCAAAAGUUCUUCAUCAAAAGAUAAACUUAAAAGGGAAAUUUUGUGUGAAAAAGAUAUUCUCAAUUUUUUGUUCGCUAAUGAAGAGGAAGAAAAAAGUUUGCCCACUGCCUGUGUGAACGUGGAUUCAUUCAUACUCAAGCACAACAUAAUAUUGAUCUGUAAACACACAAAAAAGCAAAGUUUCGUUUAAUCUCAUUAUAAAAAAAAAAUUAAGAAGAAGGAAAAGUAUCAAAUUGGUAUAUUGUAGAGAUAUAAUGUAUAGGGAGGAGAAGAAAAAAGAUUGGUAGAGAGACUUUAUAUUACCUACAUAUAAAGCAAAAGAAAAUAGACAUAGGAUAUUCUACAGUAUAAAAUAUAACAGCAAAAACUACACUAAUAGAGAAGAGAGUAACAUUUCAAGUCUUUGUUCAUUUAAAAGUUAAUGAAGGGACUAUAAAUUGGAUGAGAGAGCGAGAGUAGAAUACAUACUAUGAUACACAUUGCAUGAUUAUUUAGUAUUUCCAUCAUGAAAUGAGGACAUGGAUAUUUGCUCUGGGGUUGGUUUACUUUUUCUUUUUUUUUUUCAGCAAAAAAGGAUUUAUAUAAAAAACUUUUUUUUGUGCAAUUUAAGGACAAUUACAAGGGAAAACAUGUGUCACAUUGUAAAUAGUAAAACAUAAAUAUAAAUUAUAUAUGAAAAAACAAAUGAUGAGGGAAAAUCAGAGAUAAAAAUUAGUAAAAUAUAUAAAAAGCUCCAUCAUCUCUGGGAAGGAGGGAAAAGAACAUUUUCUUUUGUAGUGGGAGUGACACAAAAUAAGCCGCGAAGAAAAAGAUGAAUGGGGAAUAAUCAGAAAAUUGCUCUAAAUUACGUGACAAAAUGUAGUAGUAUGAUCAUCUAAUUAAAAAAAAUUGAUUAACAAAAUGAUCCAUAUUGCAUAAAAAAAGAUAAUAUAAAUUUCUCAAACUAUCUUUAUUCUGAAAAAAAUAUAUUAAAAAAAAAAAUGAAAAAGAGAUUGUAUUUAGUAAAUUAGGCAUGAUUUAAAUUAAUUGAAAAUAAAUCGUAAAUGUUAAAUGUGCAUAAAAGAGAAA